CCUUGAUUCACAAUACAUUGACACAGAAGAUUGACGGCCAUGCCCCGCGCCGCGAUCGAGCUGGCCGAGCGGUCGCAGUGGUCGGCGCUGGUCGACCUCCUCGCCGAGCAGAAGCACGUGGCGCGCGAGUGCGACGACUUUGGCAUGCUCGCGCUGCACUGGGCGUGCACAGAUGGCUCGGUCUCGGUCGCCGCCAUUGACGCGCUCCUCGACGCGUACGAAGCGGCUGCGAUGCGCAUCAACAAGGGCGGCCUUUUGCCGCUGCACAUUGCGGUUAAAGCCAAGGUCGAAGACGCGAUCCUCCUCCGGCUCAUCACAGCCUACCCCGACGCGCUCAUCGUCAACACGCCGACCGACGAGACGCCGGUCGAUCUCGCGGAGAAGGUCCAGUCGCCGGCGUACAUUUGGCUGUUAGAGCACGAGAACGCGUACCGCAUCGCAUCGGGCCUUGAACCAAGGCGGCAAGCCUCGGCGCUCGUGUCCGAGACCACGCUGCCGCCGCGCUGGAAGCAGGAGAAGGCGUGCCACGUCUGCCACAUUCGCUUUAGCACGUUCCGGGCGAGACACCACUGCCGCGCGUGCGGCGUCUCAGUGUGCAGCGCGCACUCGAACAAGCGCAUUCCGCUGCCGUACCUCGGCAUUACCGUGCCCCAGCGCGUGUGCACGACCUGCUUUGACGCGGCGUCGCACCGCCAGAGCCAAGAGCCGCCGACGCCAUCGCGCGCGCGGUCCCACACGACCAUGUCGAUGCUCAAGCCGCCGCCGCGCCGCAGCACAACGCCCGUGCUCCUCGAAGCCGACUCCACCAUGGACUUUGCCAUGCCGCUUUUGCCCUCCAAGGCGAUUCCGCGGAUUCGAACCGCGCCGCGCCUCAACAGCCUCGAGGAAGGGUCGGCCGAAGACCUUGAAGUCCGAAAGCACGAACUCAUCGAGAGCAUCGAACAUGCCAACGUCGAGACGCGGUACCUGCAGCACUCGCGCCGGCACGUGGACAGCAGCAUCGAGCGGUUGCGGUCGUCGACGCUCUCGACCACUGGGUCCUCGAUCAGCGACAAGUCCUCGACUCAUGUGGAUCUCGCGCAGACGCAUUUUCUGCUCGGCAGCGCGCUCGCCGAGAAGGAAGAGCACUCGAGUGCGAUUGUCGAGCUCCGCAAAAGCCUUGCUGUCCACGAGCACGACCCGAAAGUGUGGCUGGCGCUCGCCCGAUCGCUGCACAGUGUCAACUCGGACAAGGAAGCCGAGGCAGCUGCGCGACGGGUGCUCAAGAUGAACCCGUCCGGGCAGAACGGACCGGUGCUGACCCUGCUCGGCAAGAUCUUGCACGCGCGGGGCGACACGGACGGCGCGAUUCGCAUCUUCCAACAGGCGCUUGGGACGUUCUACCUCGAGGACGACGACGAGGUCCAAGUCGGCGCGGCGACCACCGAGUUUUGACGUAAUUUUGCCGCAUAAAUUAACCAUUUUUGCUUGUCA